AUGAUUGGCUACGACAUGUCAUGGGCUUCGUUCCAUGUCCUUGAGGUCAUGUCCUCGCCCAAGUACCACCACAAGCGCGUCGGAUACCUUGGCGCUGUACAGAGUUUUCGGCCAGACACCGAGGUCCUCAUGCUCGCCACAAAUCUGCUCAAGAAGGACCUUGGUUCGCCUACCCCGACCGUCAUGUCGCUCCCUAUUGCUACCCUCCCCCAUCUCAUCACGCCCUCUCUCGCCCUCUCCACCCUUUCCGACCUCCUCCCGCGAUUGAAUCAUAGCCACUCCAACAUCCGCAAGAAGACGCUCGUGACCCUCUACCGCCUGGCCCUGGUCUACCCCGAGGCCCUCCGUGCUGCGUGGCCCAAAAUCAAGGAGCGCCUCAUGGACCCUGACGAAGACCCCAGCGUCACCGCAGCCAUUGUCAAUGUCAUCUGCGAGCUGGGAUGGCGACGGCCAAAUGACUUCCUGCCUCUGGCCCCGCGCCUCUUUGAGCUGCUCGUAGACGGCGGCAAUAACUGGAUGGCCAUCAAGCUCAUCAAGCUUUUUGCGACCUUAACACCUCUCGAGCCCCGCCUCGUCAGGAAGCUCUUGCCCCCCCUGACAACCAUAAUCCGCACCACCCCUGCCAUGUCUCUGCUCUAUGAGUGUAUCAACGGCAUCAUUCAAGGCGGUAUUCUAGGUGCGGACGACUCUGGAAGUGAAGAGAUUGCCAGACUUUGCGUCACGAAAUUGCGCGGCAUGAUUAUGGUUGAUGGUGACCCCAACUUGAAAUACGUUGCGCUACUCGCCUUCAACAAGAUUGUCGUCACCCACCCAUUCCUCGUCUCACAGCAGGAAGACGUCAUUCUAGAAUGCAUCGAUAGCCCAGACAUCACCAUUCGCAUACAGGCCUUGGACCUGGUCAAGGGCAUGGUUAGCGGCGAGAAUUUGAUAUCAGUCGUCAGCCGCUUGAUGAAGCAGCUCAAGAUAUCCAUGCCUACCACGAGCAGCGACGACUUGGCCGCCCGGUCCAGCGACCCGGACAUGGACUCGGAGGGAGAACCGACUCCACCCGGGGCGUCCGAAAGCCAAAAGUCAACCCUACCAGAAGAUUACCGUAUCGACGUCAUCACCCGUAUACUAUACAUGUGCUCUAAGGACAACUACGCCAACGUUACAGACUUUGACUGGUACAUCGAUGUCCUGACGCAGCUUGUGCGCAUGGUCCCAGCUUCUCGUAUCACCGCCGCGCAGUUACGGUAUGCUAGGCCUGUCAGCGACGUUUCAGAGAGCAUCGGCGACGAGCUGCGCAACGUGGCCGUCAAGGUCCGGGCUGUGAGGCCCGCGGUUGUACAGGCAUCCGAAAUCGUCCUGACUCAGUUAAGCACGGAUGUUCCCGCAGGCCAUCCGGUGUCCUCGCGUGCCCUGAAGUCAGUAUCAUGGAUAUUGGGCGAAUACGCCUCGCUUCUUGGCUCCGCAGACGACACCCUCAAUGGCCUGCUGCAGCUGCUGCCCAGGUCCAAUGUUCCUGAUGUUACCACAAGCAUUCUCCAGGGGACAGUUAAGGUCUUCUCAUCUAUCGCGGGCAGCAGUCUGGAGUCCUGGUCGGCUGAAAGGAAGACUAAGAUUUGCCUCCUCCUGGCUCGUUUAAUCCACACACUGGAACCCGUCACCCUCCACCCGAGUCUUGAGGUUCAGGAGCGCACUGUCGAGUUUGUCGAGCUGCUCAAGUUGACGUCGGAAGCCUCGGAGGGCCAGUCUGCCUCGACCGAUGGCUCUCACCAAGACCCCCCACUGCUGCUCACGCAGGCCAUGCCGUCUCUAUUCACCGGAUGGGAGCUUAACUCAGUCGCCCCCAAGGCGCAGAUCCAUGUCCCACUGCCUGAAGGCAUAGACCUGGACGAGCCAAUUCAUCACAACCUCGACAGUCUCCUCUCGAAGGCGAAGUUUGCUGUCCUCGAAGAUCCCGAGAGUGACGAUUUUGAGGUAUUCUACCACCAGCGCCCGCCGCCCGUGGCCAUGUCUUCUGCCAUGGCACCGGCUAUCACCAGACUGGUGGAACCCCCCGAAGACGUGGGCUCCUCCUACCAAUCUGCUUCGGAAGACAACUAUCUGGACGCAGACAUUGUUGCGCGGAGGAAAGCAGAGCGCCUGGAGAGGAACAAGGACGACCCGUUCUACAUUCCUGCGGGCGGCGGUGCAACUCGCACCUCGACGCCCAUUCACAACAUCCUGCAGGACAACAACGGACCCGACCUGGAUAUUGACUCGAUACCCAUCAUGCAGCUGGACCUGGGCAAGGCAUCUAGCACACCUGGGACGCCCGGCACACCUGUGAUACCGGCCGAGAGACCGCAGUCGAAGGCUAAGCGCAGGGUUGUCGUCGCCACGGACGAGACGCUCGAGGGCAGCGACAGUGGCCCUAGCCGAACGUACGGCUCAGAGAACAACUCUGAAAGGGGCAACCGCAGUGCCAGCGCCGCCACGGCCAGGAAGAUCAAGCAGGGUCUUCUCGGCGUCGACUCAAGCACCAUCGGCUCGUUUAGCCUAGAAGGCGAGUCGUCGAUCGGGGUCGACCAUGAGCGUCGUCAGCGAGAGGAGGCCGAGAUGCAGCAGGCGGUCAAGGAGGUGGAGCGACUACGGCUCGAGAUGCAGCGCGCCAACGAGAGGGUCAAGGCCCCCCAGGGUGCCGGUGCAGAGGGUACAGUGGUCAAGAGGAGGAAGCCGAAGAAGGCAACAGCAGCAGCAACCGGCGAUGCUCAAGGGUCGAAAGCGAAACCCGUCAAGAAGAAGAAGAAGAAGAAGCCUGCAGAAGGUGAAGGGCAAGAAGAGGCAGCUGCAGGCGAGGGUGAUGACAUAGUAGCGAAGCUGGUCAAGAAGAAGAAGAAGCGGGUAGCCCAAGUAGAAGAAGAUGAGAGUGCGCAGGUCUAG